CAUGCACAAAAGAACGGUAAUACGGACAAGUGCACAAACUCGGAAAAACAUACUUCCAUCCUCAGCCUCAUGUGCCAGCUUAAGCGGGGCUUUCUCCACUUCACGUUUCUCGAUAUACUUAGCUCUAACGUACUUACACGAUUGCUUAAGCUACCAUCUUAUACCCGGCGCAAGGUUUAUCUGGCUACCUAAACGCUACUGUGCCGGACACGACCUCAAAGUUGCUUCGCACGAGCGAAAUGCCUGCAGCCGCGUUCAAGCGGGGACUUGCACUGUACGAUCAGCAGGAGUACAGCGAAGCGGAGGUGCAGUUCCAACAAGUAGUAGACGGGCAAGAGAGGUCACUCGGCAGAGACUAUGAAGGCACGCUCUACAGCAAGCACUGGCUAGGACGCGCACUCUACCAUCAAAAGAAGUACAGCGAGGCAGAGGUGCAGUUCCAACAAGUAGCAGACGGGCAAGAGAGGUCACUCGGCAGAGACCAUAAAGACACGCUCAACAGCAAGCACUGGCUAGGACGCGCACUCUACCAUCAAAAGAAGUACAGCGAGGCAGAGGUGCAGUUCCAACAAGUAGCAGACGGGCAAGAGAGGUCACUCGGCAGAGACCAUAAAGACACGCUCAACAGCAAGCACUGGCUAGGACGCGCACUCUACCAUCAAAACAAGUACAGCGAGGCAGAGGUGCAGUUCCAACAAGCAGCAGACGGGCGACGGAGGACACUCGGCAGGGACCAUGAAGACACCCUUGCCACCCUAGGUCUGCUACACAAGGUUAAGCUAGAGUCAAAUGCGGCUUUAUCUCUUCCGAGUAACAAUGCUACUUGGCAGACCCCAACCGGUCGACUUGAAGACUUUUUUUCCAAGAAGCGAGAUAAGCGAGACCCGUAUACCGAUUCAGAAAUUAAUAACAUAUCGUCGCUGUUGACCCUUUCCAGUCCCCAAUGGGGCAAGGUGCCGCGGACAUAUAUUGUUCUUCGCACUAUCGGACACUUGAACCUCCUUCAGGACGUUAUUAAUCUUGGCUUUUCCGACUUCUGGUUUCCAGUCACUGAACAAAGCCUGCCUGGGUGUUUGAGCCCAAGUGCCCGUACAGCAUUCGUUAACGCUCAGAAAAUCGUGCUGACGAAGUCAAUCGAUCUUGAAAAAGGCGAAAAAGGACAGCACUGCCACUUUAAGCAAGGGGACCCUCUCCCUUUUGAACUGAAGGGAAUCCUAGGCACCGGCGGGUUUAGUCAGGUUGACAAAGUGUUUAGUAAGUUCAGCUCUAAGGAGUAUGCGAGAAAACGAGUCCUCCGGAGUGCAGCCUUUAGGGGCCCUAAAAAGGAAGAGAUGAAGCAAUUUAGUGCUGAAAUCCAACUUUUAAAGCGCCUGAAACACCACCACAUCGUGGAGUUUGUUGGGAGCUAUACAGACUCCAAAUACAUCGGCCUGAUCAUGUCACCGGUUGCCGAGAUGGAUCUAGGCGCGUACUUGAAGCAAUGCGCCGCUCCUAGUCACCCUGAGCUACGAACCUUCUUUGGCUGUCUAGCUACAGCACUUGAAUUCUUGCACGAGCAAAAAGUGCGGCACAAAGACAUUAAACCUGGUAAUAUUCUUGUGAACUGUGGCAAUGUUUUGUUUGCAGACUUUGGCCUGUCUCUCGACUUUACGGAUGCAAGUGGAAGCACUACUACCGGCAUGACCUGGAAGACCCCGAGAUACUGCGCGCCUGAAGUUGCUGAGUAUGAACCUCGGAACACGAGUUCUGACAUCUGGAGCCUAGGCGUAGUCUUUCUAGAGAUGGCUGCUGCUCUGAAGGGGAAUACUCUCCAAGAUAUGGAUGAAUUCUUUAGGCAGCACGGAUCACAGCAGACGUAUAUCCGCACUAAUAUGGCUGCUUUGCCUAGGUUUGUCGCGAUGCUAGAGGGGACAGGAGAAUCUUCGGACAACGUAGCAUUUACUUGGAUCCAACAGAUGCUAUUCGCAGAGUAUAAAUCGCGUCUAACUGCAUCUUCUCUAGUCGCGUCUAUUAUAGAGAGCAAGAGCGUGGGUUUCUGUGGGAUAUGCUGCGCAUCUCCCGAAGUAGAUUUCUCUGAUUAG